AUGGGUGCGGGAAAUACAAAAAAUAAACCUAAUAUAAAACUAAACAUUCCAGGUUUGAAUUAGAUAUAGCAACAACCAGCUCCUUCAGGCAAAAGCUAGACAGAUAAUUUCUUUAAGUCUACAAAGGUGAAAGAUCCUGCUCUUUAAGGAUAAACCGCUUCAUUACAGUAAUCUUAAGAGGAUAAUGACGAGGAUGUCAAUCAAACUCAUAACCUCAAUGGUACUGGGAAUAAUGCAACUCAGUCUAGAGAAUAAGUUCGUACUCAAACAUACAGAUCUAAGAAAAGCAAAAAAUAAUAGCCAGAUAACGAGGCUUUAUUACUAGAAAAUAAGCUGAACAAGCAGGGUUAAUAUGAUAAACUAAUAAAUUUUCAAAUAGAUGGACUUGAUAAGUAGCUGAUUGAAUUGUAUUAAGAUAUUAUGGAGGAUCCAAUAAUGGAUGAUUACUUAAGAGUAGAGAGAUUCUUUUAGGAUGAAGUUGAUGAAGAAGAUUAAAAACUAGAGUAUAAAUACGCAAAUGAAAAAGUAAAUCCUCUAAGAUGGGAUAGUCAGACAGUAGUUCAUGAGAUUUUUAGAGUGAUAUAGGACAUUACUUAGUAUAAUAUGGGUAAUACUUAAAAGGGAGAAAUUGUCAGACUAAGUGAACUAAAUCCUUUACACAAUAGCCUGGGAAGUAAUAAACCUACUAGUGAACUACUAGGAAAUUAAAUUGCCUUGAAGAUAAAUGUACCGGUACAGUUUUAUAAUGACAAAGCAGGAGCGAUACACGAUAUAAAUAACAGAGAAGGAUUCACCCAUGAAAGACUAUAUGAUUAAAAUCUUAAUAAAAAUCUUUCAGAUCCUCCUGUUAUUCGAGCUAUUGGGAAAAGCAAGCUUGUUCUUAGUGUUAGAGUAGAAUUUAGAAAGCUAUUGAGAACUGCAAUAUGCAAAGUGCCAGUAAGUGAAUAUGUUGAUGGAAAUGUAUUCCUUUCAUAAAUGCAAGUCUGGUCAACUUUACCUUAUCAUAAAAGAAUUAUUAGACCUAUUUGCUUUGCCUAACUCAAUGAAAAAACACCAUUAGUAUUUAUAGAAGACAUGGCUUUUGUUCAGAACCUUGAAUAGGUGAUUUCAAAUAGAUCAUUCUACAGAGGCUACUAGUACAGAUAUGAAAUCUCACAUAAAAUUCUAAACUGUGCCAUUCAAAUAGCUGAGGCAAUGGAUCAUGCACAUUCAAAUGGAAUCUUGCAUCUAAAUUUGCAUGUGGGUAAUAUCAUGGUUGCUAGAUGUUCUGAAAAGGAUGAACAGUAUGGAUUCUUCGUCACUGAUUUUGGAGAACCUCUCAUGCUUUAGGAUGAAACAUUCUGGACUGAAAAUCAUGAAAAAAUAUUUUCAAGAAUGCUGAAAUUCUAGUAACUUAAAAUUUUUAUUAAUCCACUUAUUAGCCCACCUCAUAUAUUAAGCCUUAUAAAAUCAGCUGCUUCUACCAAGAAAAUUGAAGAUAGGAGAGAAAUUUUAAGGAGGAUUAAAUAAAAUUAGAGUGUCUUAGUUGACGUUUAUUGCUUUGGAGUAAUUUUGUUAUUCAUGCUAACAGGAGGUUAUGAAUGGCAAUCUACUAUUGAGCUUUAGGCUACUUUUGAACUGAAGAUGUAAAAGGCAGAGCUCAUAGUUGAUCUUUAGAACUUAGCUAUAUUCAAAGCAAUACUUAAGAGAUGCUUCUUAAUUUAGAAAAAUGAUAAACCGUUUGAAAAGAUUUCAGAUAUUUUGUUAAAUUUGCACACUGCUCGAGCUAAUGUUGAGAAAAUACUAAGAGAUAAUAAUGUGGAUUUUUAUUCAUAUGAAAAUAAUUCCAAACCUCUUUAUGAGUAUCCAGCUGGUAAAAGAAAGGAGGAAUUGCUAAUUAAAGACUACCAAGAUUAUUCUUUCGAUGACUUUUCUUAGCAGGAACAAGAAAUAUUUUAACUGAACAAUAAGAAGUAAGGUGGAUUGAUAGUAGGAAAGGAAAUGAGGACAAAAGAAUAUCAAGGAAGUGAUCCAGAUAUCAUUCUUGCUCAAUAGGAAUAGAAAAUUAAAGAUAACGAUGAGAAUGCUAUGGUCAAAAAGCUCUACCAGGAAGAUGAUGUGGAUCUAAUAACUUUGAAUAAUUAGGCAGUUCUAGCCUAUCUUAAAUCAAACUACCAAUAAUGUGUUGAUAUGAUUAGUAAGAUCUAUGACAUAGUUGAAACGAAUCCAAUCUCAUACUUCAAUUAUCUGUUACUCUGCUGGGAAGCGGGGAUAUACAGUGAUUUGAUGGUAUUUCAAGAAAUAAAUAGAAUUGCCUAAUUGUCUAGAAGGAAAAAUUUCAGUUCACUUAUGUAUGCUCUAGUUUACGAGGCGCAAAAUAAUUGGCUUCCAGCUAGGGUAAAUUACGAAAUAGCUCUAGCCAAUGCAAGUGAUAGCAGUAUCAUCGAGAUAAAAAGAAGGGUUUCAAGGUGUAGAGAGUUUCAUGAUAAGUAUGCAGAGUAAUUUCUUUUUGGACAUCUUGAAAUGAGUGAUGUUUAGGAUUUAGUAGUGUCAUUUAAUGGAAAACUAGCAGUAAGUUUCCAGAAGACUUCGAGAAUAAUCGUGUGGAAUCUGUAGCAUUAGAAGAUUCUCAAAGAAAUAGAAGAUAAGAAUGCUACUUGCAUGGAUGCAAAUGCAAGACUAGAUAGAAUAGUGGUGGGUCUAAGAAAUGGAUUGAUUGUUAUGUUUAAUUUGGCCUAUGAAGAUAAUAACUUUGUCGCUAAUGUCGAAGAGAUUGAAUUAGGUGUAAGAAAUAUUAUAUUAAAAUUAUAGUUUCACACAAGCAUGAUUCUUGUAAUAAGAAUAUCUAAGGACGGGUACUUUGGAAUGAGUGGAGGACUUGAUAACUAUGUUGCACUCUGGAACUGUUAAAAGAAAUUACUUUUGUCAAAAAUUGAAAUCCCUAAUCAAUAUCUUAAAUCAGCUUGUAUUAAUAUGAACGGUGAAGAGCUUAUGUUUUCAACAAAUUCAAAUUUCUCUGUACAAGUGUAUCAUCACUAUUCAAACAAAAAGUAGGUCCAACUAGUCUUCUAGCUAAAUGUAAAAAUUAAACUUAAUGAUUAUCAGAAACAUAAAUGUUAAGUCACAAGUUGUGAAAUAUCCUACGAUGGAAUGCUUGGGAUCACUGGUGGAAUGGACAGAAUUAUAUUUAUUUGGGAUUUAGUUACAGGAGAUUGCAUUAGAGAGAUUCAAGUUCCAUCCUUUAUAGUCAAGUUGUCUUUGACUCCGAUGGGUAAAUUCUUGGCUGCUAAUUUGCUUGAUGGCUCAAUUUUACUGUAUGAGACCUUGACUGCCAUUACUUGGAGGACUGAAAAGCUAUAUGGUAAACAUUCAGGAAUUAGUUUGGUUGUUAGUAACUUUGUCUUUGAAGCAGCUAAAGAAGGACUCGAACAUAAGCUCAUAAAUUUGCUAGAAAGAUAGAAAACUAAACUUUAAGAUGAAUAUGUGGAAGCGAGAGGAGGAAAUGAAUCUUCAAAAGUGCAAUCAUCGAAGUAAAAUUCUAAAGGAACCUCGAAAAUUUAAGUGACCUUGAAAUCUAGGAUAACAAGUAUGCAAGGUUCAAAGCAAAGAUCACAACAAGAAAUGCCAACAGUAUAAGAAGUAGAUCCUGAUCAAGAGAGUGAUUUUAAGAGGACGAGAUAAACUCAAUUAGAAGGUGGAGGUGGAUUUCUUCAUUAGGAUUAAGACUUUCAGAUUCCAGAAGAAGAUCCAAAUCAACAUAACUUAAACUAAGAUGAGGAGUUGAUGCUCCAAGAUUUAUUCUUUGAGAAUGCUGUGUUCAAAUAUUUCUACUUUCAAACUGAGGAAUUCACAAAGCAACUUAAUGCAUAAGAUGUUUAUCAGGAACUUUAGGCUUUGAAUUUUGACAGAGCCAAGGAUAAGACUUAGCAGAAUAUCUACUUACUUAAGAGUUCGCUGGAAUAGAUUAAAGCUUACCAAAAUCUAGGCUAGCAAGAGAGAUCAUUUCAAAAUUUCCAAAUACUUGAUGAUAGGAGGUUCAAAUUCGAUUUGAAUUUGUAUAGAUAACCUAAAUAAGAGCUGAACUUAAUAAAGAACUAUGAUACUUGCAGAUUGCUGCUAUUGGCUUGUGAAACUAGAGCUGGUGAUAAUUAUGAGAUUAAUAAUCAUGGCUAGGUUGUGGGAUUAAGAGUUUAGUAAACUAAUUUACCCUUCAUAGGGAUGGGUCCUUGCCAAUUCAUUACCAAUAUGGACUUAACUAAAAAUAUUCAAAUAAAGAUAAAAUCAAAGGCAAAGCAGAUGAGAGAAGCCACAAUAAAUUCAUACAAUUAAAAAAGUUUAGAGUAGGCAAAAUAUUAUUUACAGAGAUUAAGGGAAGUAUAGCCAUUAUUUAUGAAUCCAAGCGUAGUUAAUAUUUGGGCUGAAAUGUAAACAGGCUCAUAUAAGAAGGGCAAAAUACAUAAUAUUUUUAAGAUGGCUGUCUUACCAUUAGAAAAGCUACACAAUGAUAUGAUUGAACACAUCAAAUUUACCAGAAAUGAAAAGAAUCUGAUGAUAAUGAGUCAGGAUUUUAAGGUAUCAAUCUGGGAAGUAGGCUCAUUUAAAUGCUUAAGAUUUUUCAGAGCCUAUCAUGAUUCGCAUGCAUAAUACUACAUGAGAACUAUAGUUGAAGAAUAAAUUAUUGAAGAAUUCGAUGUUUCAGUGCUGGUUCUAAAUGAUUCAAUGACUCAACUAGUCUUUGGACUUUAUAACGGGGCACUCUAAUUUUGGGAUCUGGCCUAGAAAGAUAAGGAGUCGCUUAUUCUUGAGAUCCCUUCUCAUUUAGCAGAAGUAACUGCUCUAGUAUUUAAUUCUAAUCAAACCAUAUUGGUGAGUGCAGGUGCUGAUUACUUGAUAAAUGUAUGGAGUGCCACAACCAGAAAUCUUUUAUUUGAAAUUAGAGAACAUUUAGGAGCAAUAAAUUACCUUAGUUUUGUAGAAGAUUAAGAUGAAGAAGGAAAUGUAGAGGAGCAGAUUGUAUCAAUAGAUGUAGAAGGCUACUUGAUAUAUGUAUCUCUUGAGGGAUACAUUGAAAAGAAAUUCAGUGUAGAGAGAUCCUCUAACCAUGCAGUAGAGGGAAUGGAUAUUGUGUACAGUUCAUACAUUAUUGAUAGAGAGUUAUUCUUGGUAAGGAGAAACCUAAAUACAAAUUUCUUUGAGUUCUAAAAGAUCAAAGCUGGAGUAGAGCCAUACUAUGCAGCCUAUGAUUGCAAUACUUUUCCAACUGUGAUCAAGAAUAAAGUAGAUAAGAAAAAAGGUAUAUUUCUUAAAUCUAAAUUUAUGUAGUCUGCGAUUUCAUCUAAGUAAAUACGAGAGGAGAAUUCGUAUGUGUGGCAAUAAAGAAAGAUAAUUAGAUCAGCUUUAGAAACAGCGGAACUUUAAUCUAAGAAAAAAGGCUAGAAUUAAAGGAAUAAUUGCAUAUAGUAACAUGUGGAUCUCUGGUACCAUAUAUGA